GCGAUCAAAUAGUGAAAAAGAGAGAAAUAUUGCAAAUUGCAUCAAAAACGCGACAUCGACGUACAGCAGGAGGCUAGUAUUUUAGCAAUCCGCCGCCCUUCGGCUACACUUGGGGUUUUGCAGACAACGGCAAUCGUGCCGCAGAAUCAGUUUUGGAGAUAUCGCCAAAUAUUAACUACACUGUCAGUGGGGAAUCGAUGCCCUAUCUGUUAUCCACGGAUGGAUCAUUGGCCGUACAAAAGGAUGUUAAAGGUGCACUCAGCAGCAAUAAGGGCAAUGUCGUUCGGCGCAUGUUCGUGGUGAACGAUUCCUCAUUUGCGCCCGGAACACAAAGAGUAAUUACCACAGGCUCCGCAUCGACGGUGGUCAAAAAACAGGACUCUGGUCAACAGGUGUUGAGCAUAAAUUCGCUCGAUAAGAACUAUCUUUUGGUCGAUCAGGCAACAGCGGCAGCAGCUGCGGCUGCAGCAGGUGGAGGUGAUCCGGCGUCUGCUGCACAUCAUCAUACAUUGACAAAUGGCAGCAUUGUUGAUGCCAAAACUGGACAAACGGUAUUGAGCACAUCGGGUGCCGCCGCGGCCGCGGCCAAAUCGCAUUUUAGCUCAAUUGGUGCACUGCAUCUGACCCAAGAGGAGUGCAAUGAGAUCUUAAUCAAGCGCGCCAUUGCAGCCGGCCACGGCCACCAUCAGACGCACACACUCACCGCUGGCGACGGAGCGCACCACCACCACCACCACCAUCAUUCGACGGCGCCAGGCGCGACACCAAGCGGUGCAACAACACUCUUAGGUGACAUACUUCCUGGUAUUUCAGUUCAAGUACAGAAAGUAAUACAAGGACUCGAAGAGAACGAGGACUCGCAGGGCGACGCACCCAACUUAAAGUUGGAGCCAGGCACAUUAGAAUUGUCCCCAAAGACCGAACUACAGGAAUCAAUGCAUUUCAGCGAAACCGACGCCACCAUCAAAAAGGAGCGCCCGUACAGUUGUGACGAGUGCGGCAAAUCCUUUCUGCUCAAACAUCAUUUGACAACACACGCACGCGUGCACACAGGUGGCGAACGUCCACACAUUUGCACCCAUUGCGGCAAAAGUUUUGCGCACAAACAUUGUCUAAAUACGCAUCUACUGCUCCAUUCGACGGAUCGGCCAUAUCAGUGUCAGGAGUGCAAGAAGAGCUUUACGCUUAAGCAUCAUCUGUUGACGCAUUCGCGUGUCCAUAGCCGGGAGCGGCCAUUUGUGUGCCAGGAGUGCGGACGUGCAUUUCCCCUCAAGCGUCAUCUGGUCACGCACAGUAAAUUUCACGCCGGCGAACGUCCCUACGUCUGCGAGGAAUGCGGUGAGAGUUUCGCACAGGAGAAUCACCUGAUUAUGCACUCGCGCUUUCAUGGUUCAUUGAAUCCAUUUGUUUGUGCUGAUUGCGGUGCCUCGUUUCCACGCAAAUUUCAAUUGGUUAAUCACGGACGCAUACACGGCAAGAUACCACACUCCUGCACAGUUUGCGGCAAAGAAUUUCUACAGAAGCGCACCCUAGUUUCCCACAUGAGGCGCGUACACACCGGCGAGCAGGCGCAUCCCUGCGUCAGCUGCGGCGAAGGUUUCCUCACCAAGGCGGAACUGCAUCAGCAUGUCCGUGCGGCGCACAACGGCGUCAAUCCCAAUACGAGCAGCGCCACCAUUAUAGCCAAUCAACAGCAGAUACAGCAGCCGCAUCAUCAUCCAGGGCAUCCGCAGACGAUCACCGUUGUCAGCAAUCCGGCUAAUUCAACGCUGCUCACCGUCUCCACAACCGAUGCCAAUGGCGUUGCACGUCCACAAUUCGUUUGCCGCGAAUGCGGCAGCGCGUUUAACAGCCGGGAGGCGCUCGCCUUGCACUUGCGACUGCACACGGGCGACAAGAGCCUUAUGACCGAUCUGUGCGCUUUGACAGCAGCGCUGCCCGGCCACUUUUUGAGCACGGCGAGCCUCAAUCCGGGCACUGUGGUAACGGCCAAUCCGAAUCUGGUGGGUCAGAGUCCGGUGCCGGUGCAAAUCAUAUCAUCCACCGGUCAGGUGAUGUCGCAGACCACGCUGGUGCAGGCCGCCAAUUCGACCCAUCCGCAAGCGGUUGUCACAGCCGUGCCCACAAUGCCCGUCCAUGGGCAACAGCAUCUGCAGCACAUCCAGCAACAGCAGCAGCAACAGCAUGUGGUCACCGUAUCGCCGGCCAACAAGCCAAAAUCGCAUUUCUGUGCCAGCUGCGGCAAAGGAUUCGCCGCCAAGCACGGCCUCAUGCAGCACAAUCGACGACAUCCAAACGGCGGCUGCACGGUGCGCACCCAUGUCUGCGAGUGUGGAAAGGCAUUCUUCCAAAAGAACCAUCUGAUGCUGCAUCAGCGCCAGCAUUUGGAAACAAAGCCAGCCAUAUCGCAGCAACAGGAGGCCGACGUGCAGCAGCAGCAGCAGCAGCAACAACAACAACAAGCGGCCGCUGCCGCUGCCGCCGCGGGACAACAGUCCACACAGGUGGAGGUGCAAAUAAUGCCCGGAGGUCAUGCCAAGGUCAUCAAAUACGAGAUCUGUCGAAAUGUGCUGCAGGAGGAGCAGGCGGGGCAGCAGCAGCAGCAACAGCAGCAGGCGUCCAUGCAUGCUGAAUAAGAGAUAGGAGGAGGGAGGAGGUGGAGAAGGGAGCAGAAAGGGGGAGAGAGAUAGUUGAUUCAAUUUGAUAAGCGCAGUUAAUUUUAUAGCAUUUUUGUUGUAACUUUUUGUAAAUAUACAAAGCCAAUUUGUGCAAUUGCAAUUGCGCGGCAAAAGAUUGCUCCCCACACACACACACACACACACAUAUGUACACCCACCCACGCACACAAGCACAGAUAUAUAUAUACAGAUAUAUAGAACUUAUCAAGAGGGCAGCUUUUACAGGCCACACCCACCCACACACACACACACACACACACAACAGCUAAAAGUGAAUGAGAGAUCCUGGAGCGUAUUUAAGAGUUAAGCGAUUCCCUUAGUUUUAUUAAUUUAGUUACCAUUUAGCUAUUAAUAGACACCUAGCUAUACACACCACACACAAGUACACACACACCCGCACACAUAUGUACAUCAAAUACAAUUGUAACUGUAACUAUAGAUAUCCUGUUAUAAUUUCUUUGUGAUGCAUUGGUCGCAUCUAAAACAAGAACCUCGUCUAAGUUGCAAAAGUUUUUAUCUAAUUACAUUUUAAUUGUAACUUUUUAAACACACACACACGCACAU